AAGCGCUUUUCUCAAGCGGCCGUGUACUACAAGAAAGCUGUCACGGCUUGUCGCGACGCAUUCCUGCAGGGAUCGCAGUUCGGAUCGGAGGCUGCACCGCUUUAAGCGAGAAAACUCGCGUUUAUGUUUAUUUAGACCGGCGUGGAUUGAAGACCGUAAUAAGGCCCAUGAUGCGUGACAUUAUUAUCAACCCGCUGACUUUGUUCGCCCUCUUGGAAGCGGUAGCGGCCAGGCCUUCACUCGUCCAGUACGGCGCCCCUAAACCGUCCAGAUUCGACGAGUUCGUGACGGAUCCUCCUCACAUACUCGGACGGGCCGGGUUGCACGAGCAAACGCUCAGCGGCAGCGAAGACGACCUCGACAUGGCCUUGAACGAAGCUCCGGCCGAACUGGCACCUGCUCAUGGACUCCGGUAUCACGACGUCGUUUACGACGCAUCGUCGGAAACGCUCAACCACUACGACGGCAGCGACAGUGAGGUCGGCACCUACUAUCCCUCCGCUUACCGGGCAGACGGACACGAAACCUCAGGUUCUACAUGGAGUUCGCUGUCCACUGGAGCUUCCAGUGUUCCUUCCGAAGUGGUCAAGCGGUCCUUGGAACCCUCAGGUCGCCACCGCCUAGUCACUGAGGCUCCAAGAAAAGCCCCGUUCUCGGUGGGGUACACGCGGGAGCAAGAUGAUUGGCUGCUCCUGUCUACGUCACAACACGACCCUCACUGGGAUGACGUCUCCACCGCAUAUCGCGUGCCGCCGUUCACAACGGCGGCUUUGCGCCGAUAGGCGUAACAUGUAGGCGUGAUAUAUGCCUCUUAUAUGAAUUGUGAUAUUUAUUUUUUUAAAAUGCUCGGCACCUUAUUUUAUGUAACCGCGUUUGUCUUCUGUGCCCAUAAAAUGGUUCGCUCUGUA